CUCAGUACAAGUUUAUUUUUCCUCCUACUCUUCCUAAGGGUGAUACAAAUAUGGCAACAUCUGCAAUUGAAAAGAUAGAAAUGGAUGUGCCUAUUAAGGCCACCCCCCAGCAGUUUUAUGAAGUUUUGUGCAACAAGACACACCAUAUUUCAAAUGUUUGCCCUGAUAUAGUAAAGGGUAUUGAACUUCAUGAAGGUGAUUGGGGCACUGAGGGGUGCAUUAUAUCCUGGAAUUAUGUUUUUGCUGGAAAAACUUGUAUUUCUAAGCAGAGGAUUGAAGACAUAGACAAAGAAAACAACAAAAUAACGUUCAAAGUGUUGGGUGGAGACUUAUUGGAGGAUUACAAAAGCUUCAAGUUCAUAAUGCAAAUUGUUCCUCAAAGAGAAGGAAGUGUGGUUCGUUGGAUAGUAGAAUAUGAGAAGCUCAAUAACAAUGUUCCUAAUCCUCACUCUUUGUUCCAUUUAUCUGUUGAGGUUCUCAAAUAUGUUGAUGCUCAUCUUGCACCCGAGGACAAGAAGUAAAAUAAUUUAUUUUAAUUUCAUUAUUGUGUGUGACAAAUAAAUGAGGAUUUAAUUUCCUCUAUCUAUAUGUCAUGUAUUAUGAAUAAUGUAUGUGGUUUAUUCAAAAGAGUUGAGUGGCAUUAGGCGUGAGCUGAGAUGUUUCUGCUCCACCUAGCAUAUAAAAAAAUGUCCAUGUGUAUUAUAAUAUGAUAUUGUAUAAAAUGGGACCUAUUUAUGGGAUUGAAAGUCGUGUGUAUGAUUUCACCUUAUGAAAUAAAAUAAUGUUUUGUGGGAUUUCCUUUA